UUUUUUUUUUUAAUUGAGCCCGGUUAAUUGCUUUCCCGCAGAAUUGGUUAAAAAUUUGUGUUAUUCAAAAAAAUAUAUAACAAAAACUUUCGUUAAAAAAAUAAUCUGGCAUUGCCACACAUACAUAUUUCGCAGCAUUUAUUAUACACAACAGUUAGAAUUUCUUCAAAGCAAUUAAAAAUAUUAUAUUGUAUGUGUAUGUUUAUUGGUGAAGAUAUUUUUGACGGUGCUGAUGUUGAGGAGCAAACGAAAGAAGAUAAUCCUGCAAAGCCUCCGUCAGUUCUCGAAGUUUUAAAGACAUACAAGACAUAACUUCAAACAUAUUUUUUAUUUAGAUAACAAGUUUUUGUGUGAAUUAGGGAAUAUAGAAUUCCAUUCCAUCAAUUAUUACUUGUAGAUUGAAAAAUAUACACAAAAAUUAGACUUUCUAAAUUAACAUUUAAAAAAUGUGAGCAACGAUCUCUAAAUGCGUGAAUGCAAGUAUAUAUACAAUAAUAUGAUUUUUUUUUUAAUACAUUAAGUUUAUUUUAUUUCUAAUAACAAUUAUCUCUAAAUAUAUACAUAUACUUGUGUAAGUGCAUUGUCUGGUUUCUGUUCCUUAUAUUAUUCUCGUUUAAAGUUAAAAAUAUUAUAUAAAUAUCAUAUCUUUUAAACGGGUUUGAUUACAGAAUUGAGGCAAAGCGUUAGCUUAUGGAUUUGGAUGAUUAAGGAGUUUAAGUUCAUACCUUUAUCUGCUGUCCCCUACUUCUUGCUUUACCAAAAAAAUACAAAGAUCUGUGUGAAUGUUUUCAUUACAAAUGUACUAUGGUAAACCCCUUAUAGCUCUAAGGAUUUUUGACUACAUCCUAUGUAUUAUAUCAAUCUUAGUUGCAGAGGUGAAUACCAUGCAUCCAAAUUGGCAUUAUUACUGCGUUGUGUAACACAACUUUCUUGUUAUGAUACCUGUUGUAUAUAAGAUAUGUACCCUUGAGGUACACCAACCCUUAUCAGUCGUUCAUCUGAUAUGAAAUUAGCCAAUUUAACAGUAAAUCUCCUAUUUUUUAAAUAAGACUCCAAUGUUUUACUCGUAUACAAUUCGAAAGAGAAUAAUUUUUUAAUUUUACAUGCCACACCUUAUCGAAUGCCUGAGCUACAUAUGUGCAUUAAGAAAUAUUGCUGAAGAAUACUCUCUGUACUCGAAUGCCUUUCUAAUUUCGUUAGUAAUUCUAUUUACUUGCUCUACUGUGCCAUGUUUUGCACAAAGCCCGAAUUAGUGGGUUGGAGUUGUAUUAUUUUCAUGGAGGAAUGGAGACAACUUUGAUAGUAACACUUUUUCAAAUAUUUGGAAAGGCAUGAUAGGAGGCUUAUUGGUCUGUAAGAAGAUCUCUGUGUUAAGAGGUUACAUGGGUUUCGUCGGGUAAAAAACGGCCUAUUUUCAAUAAAUUUUUUUUUUUUUGUAAAAAAUUAUAUAAUAUAUUUAAUUCAAAUUGUUUUCUGUCUUAAAUAUACACAUUUAAAGAAUAAUUUCUGAGAUUUUCAAAAAAUUAAAACUCUGCCAUUGUAACGUCAUUUCCAGUGACCCCUCGAAAAAAGGUGCGUUUUCGUUGUCAGCAUAACUCCUGACAGGAUCAUUUAAAAUGAAAACAAAAUAUAUGUGUUUAGUUAAGACCAUAAACUCGUACUUGGCAGACCUUUUUCCAAAAAAACGAAAACUUCGGUCAAAUUUGCUCGACAUUUCUUUUUUUUAUUUAAACAGUACAUCAGCAACUUCAAACGGAUUUGAAACAUCAUUGAAAAUACGUCUUGUAAUCUUCUGUAACGCGAAAUUAAUUCAAAUUUUUUAAAAAGAAAAUAUAUUUACAUAUGAAUUGAAAAUAAAUGUCAUUUGCUUUAAACAGCUGUUUCGAUGUGAAAUAGAAAUACUUUAAAAGAAAUGAAAUCAUUCGGUUUGCAAAAGGAAAUCACAUCAAUUUCAUUCGGGUUCUGGAACAUGCCUGUAUUUCCUUUUAUUUUAAUUUAUCUAUGAUUUUAAUCUCUGUGCCCGAAAACGCAGUAUUUCGAUCAGGUGAUUGUGUAAAAAGUUUGACAACCAUAUGAAUAUUUUCAGAGAACGUAUAUUAUAAUAAUACUCAGAGACAGCGUUGCCAUUUUAUUCCGAUCGGACCAAAAUUGGUAGUUUCAUUUGCCUUUGGUAGUUUCAUUGGUAGGUAUAAGUUUUUGGUAGGCAAUAUUUUCUAUCACAUACCGACCAAAAAAUAAUUAUGAAUGGAAACUAUCAGCUCAAUGUGUACAAAAUGUGCGACCUAACUAUAAUUCCAUUAGUUCUAUAAGUUGAAAUUGUAAAAUAAAGAUGGAAAGUAUCAAGAAUUUGAUAUAUUCGCGCAUUUCUUCAGCCUCAUGCAUCAAAUUAAAGUAAAAGGGGCACAUGGGCGAGUAAAUACUUUAGUUUUACUUUAAAUAAUUGUUAAUAUUAUACUUUUUAACUGGUUUUUUAUCUAUAGCAAUAAAGUACCAAAAACCUCCGCAGUAAGCGGAUAAUAUUUUAAUAUUUUGCGACAUGUCGAUAAACAACUUGAUUUUGUUGUGAUAUAACUCGCCUGACCUUCAAAGCGAAAAUUUCGUAGGGACUGGUUAAAAUUAGUCGAUUGGCUUGAAGAAAAGUAAGGGUGUUAUGUUAGGUUAGGUUACGCGGUCAAUCCUAACAGGGAUCUCAUUUGUACAACUUAGAACACCGGUCUUUUGUGGUACCUAAAACCCCAAUAUAAUUGAUCAUAAGAACCUUACAAUUUGACAAAGCUCUUUGAGCAAGUCUCGGCUAUGUUUUCUAGUUCGUCGAAGGAAGACAGUGUUCUACUCUAGGUCAAAAGCAUCUCGCGGUCGCACAGGAGUUAGUCGUCGACCAGCGCAUGCUAACCGCUCGCGAGGUCCAUGAAUCAAAUGCUAGAAAGCAAGAUUCAACUCGUUUCCAUUCCGAUGGCUUUGCAGUUGUAAGCGAAUCCGCUGUGGCAGGACACCCAAACGAAUCUGAUGAUGAAGUCGCUUGAUGCUUUUCUAGUAAGUAUAGAUCCUCCUUGAUAAGCUUUGAGCAUACAGUUAGUGAGCUCAGUGCUAGUAUUGCGUUCUGCUGUGGGAGUGAUUGCUCACCGACCUGAAAGAGGCUGCACAUCGUAGCAGUCCUUUUACCGCUACCUUAAUAGUAGCCGCUUCUGCUUGAAAAACACUAGAGUAGAGUCUGGUAGCCUAAAGCUAAGUUUGACGGAGAGCUACAUGCAGAAAACUCCACCUCCAAACUUUCUUCCUAGCUUCGACCCAUCCGUGAAAAAGCUAACUGCGACACUUCUCCAGCGAAUAAUCCACAUAUCCCUAGCCGGUAUUUGAGCAGGUCCUUGUUCGAACCCAUUCAUAUACCCUUCCUUGGACCUAAAAGCGCACUUUGCAACAAGACUACUGCCGGCAAUAUCCACGGGAAAGGAAGGGUGUGCAUGCUGCUAAAUUUAAUUGACAUCUAAAGUUUAUUUGUAUGUACAUAUUUUUACAAAUGUGAAGUUAAAUAAAACCCAAUACUUUCAUAAUAAGAAAAUUUAAUAGUUUUGAAAGAAAUUUGGUAGAGAUUUUGUGGUAAAGUGGUAAGACUGUUCAGAGAACGUAUAUGGUUAUAAUAUACGGUCUCUGAUAAACUUUCUCUAAAAUAUACGUUCUCUGGAUGAACCUAUCAUUCAGUCGAUAAUUCAGUUUUAUCUCUGAUUCAGUGCUAUUGCGAACAAGUUAUAAUUAUAUUGUGUAGUGAAAAGUUUUGUUAGCAUUUAUUACUUUGCUUUAGUUAAUUUUUAAACAAGUUGAUUUUUUAUUGUUUAUAAGUUCAUUCACAUUUAAAUUAAUUAAUGAAAAUCUGCAGCAAAAAUACAAAUCUUACGAUAAAAAUGAAAUUAGCAAGAAUAUAAGUAUGAAUAGAAAGAUAUUGUUCGGUUAAUAUGUGCGAAGAAAGAGACAGUGCAAAGUUAGAAAAAAUGCAUUGUUUGCACUGUAUAUAAUAAGCUGGUAGAACCACGAACAUUAUUAAUUAAAAGAAAAAUAUGUAAACACAAAACCAGUACAAAACAGUAAAAUACUUUUUUUCUCAAGUGCCACUCCUACCGUCGAAAUAUUUGUGAAAAUUCUUGACAAGGGGUCCUUAAUCAAAAGCAAAACACACCAUUAAACAUAAAUACUUCCAAUUUGUUUAACAACUAGCUGAUAUACUUAGCCGAAUAAAAUGUCAGGACAAACAGUCAACGGCCAGCGCAAUCAAAGAGAUGCCGAAAAUGGUCUCUAUCCACAAAUGCCGUCUGAACGUAGCCAAGCAGUACAAAAACCAACACCGUCUCGCCCACCACCACGUCGUCAAGACACAAUUGACAUGGAAGUUAUCCCAUUAAACCGUAGUCAAUCCGCCCCAACAGGAGUUGAAACAGAUGACCGCAGACGGGCGCGUCGUAUCUUUGAUAAUCAUGAUUCAGAUGGCGAUGGCUUCAUUAAUAUUCACGAACUUAAAGGCCUUAUCAAUGCAGGCCUCUGCAGUGAUAUUCCUGAUUACAUUGCAUCGCAAAUUCUUCAAAUGUCAGAUGAUGAUAGUGAUGGGCGUUUGAAUUUCGAGGAAUUUUAUCAAAUGUCCCAAACUCACAAAUGGAUGAUAAGGAAUAUUCUUACAAAAUACUGUCGCUUGGUUGUUCCGCCGCCAAAAGCAAUCGAAGGUGACCAACUAGAUGGUGUCUAUGAAAAGCAAAUGUCAGUCUGUCCACCGCCACUGACUAUGGUUAUGUUCUCCAUAAUUGAAAUUUUAUUCUUCUUGGUGGAUGUCAUACAUUUUCAAGACGAUCCUAACAACACUGCUAAUAUAGGUGAAAAUACGAAUGGCCCCGCUGCGACUGUCUUCAUUUACAAUCCAUACAAGCGUUACGAGGCUUGGCGUUUCGUCACAUACAUGUUUGUGCAUGUCGGCUUAAUGCAUCUCUUCAUGAACCUUAUCAUACAAAUAUUUCUGGGCGUCGCUUUGGAACUGGUACAUCAUUGGUGGCGUGUAGCUUUGAUUUACUUGGCUGGUGUAUUGGCAGGCUCGAUGGGCACUUCACUGACAAGUCCGCGCAUUUUCUUAGCCGGUGCCUCUGGUGGCGUUUAUGCGUUAAUCACAGCGCACAUUGCCACCAUAAUUCUGAAUUAUAAGGAAAUGGAGUACGCCAUAGUGCAAUUAUUUGUAUUUCUUAUAUUCUGCUUUACGGACUUGGGUACUUCUGUUUAUCGCCAUUUGACAGAUCAGCACGAUCAAAUUGGUUACAUUGCGCAUUUAUCUGGCGCCGUCGCGGGUCUGCUGGUAGGCAUAGGGGUGCUGCGAAAUCUGGAAGUACGUCGUUGGGAAAGAAUACUCUGGUGGAUCGCCAUUAUACUUUACUUUUCACUAAUGAUGACUGGUGUUUUGAUACAUGUUCUGAUGCCUAACUAUUUCCCACGUCAAGAAUACAAUUAGAUUAAUAUCCUGCAACCAAUAGAAUUGUUAAAACAUACAUACAAUCUGAUAUAGCAGUAUAAGCAUAAAAAUCCAAUAUUUUGUAACAUGUUUACAGUAAAUGUAUUUAAGCGGAUAGAUUAUUUACUUUUUGUUAUAUUUACACGGAUACGCACAUGAUCAACAUGGACAACAAUAUGUUGCAAAUUUUGGUAUUAAGUUUUAAAGUGCGAGUACAUGCCCCAAAGUGCCUUUAAAGUAUUCUAUGCACACAAAUUUCUCUACAACUUAAUAUAAAUAUAAAUUUUUAAUAAAUAAUCCACAUACUGAUUUACCAAUUGGGAUUAAAUUUGGUUGACAACAGUGCAACUCAAAUUUUGAAAUCCUUUGUAAAGACUUCUUCUUAAAGUAAAAGAAGUACGAGCAUAGUUAUCUAUCCCUUUCCGGGAAACAUUUUAAAAAUAUAUGAUAUAUGACAUUGACGAUGGCAGCCAAAUAAAAUGCAUCUGAAGGCUUUGUGUAUUUUGAUAGCAGAUUUAAAAUGCAUACAUAUUAGGAAUUGUACUACAAUAAUUAUUUUCGAAGAUAUUUAUUCUCUUUAUUUUUUUAUACAGUUUGCAUAAAUUUAAGUGCAUACUAGCUUGUAAAGUAAAUUAAAAUUUUUGUAUGAAUUGAAUUUUGUAUAAAAAUGAUAUUAGUUAAGUUGAAUUGACACAGAGGUGAAAAGUAUUUAAUUAUGAAGAAAAUAAAAAGUGACAGCAAUAAAUGUAAGCUUUAGACGAA